AUGCCCGGCGCUUCCUCUCCCACCGCGACUGCGACAGCAGCGGCAGAUUGUCUUCUGGGUGAGAAUUCUCUCAGGCACCAGCGCAGCCGCAAUGCGGCCGUGCGACGACACACGCCAAGUACGGCGCCACAGUCGAGUCAAAAUGACCACCACCACCACCACCACCACCACUACCACUACCACUAUCAACAUCAACGCCAUCAUCAGCAGCUGCAGCAACAGCAAAAUGAGAAUUUGUUGGCGCACAUGACGCCUGCAAAUGCGCAGUUUGUGCCGCUGCUGCCACCUCGUAUCCAUUCCAUACUGUACCAUCGCUUUGUGGGGCACACCGCGGAGUCUUCCUCGUCGCAAUGGCAUGGGGCGCAAGUCGUGCCCGCGGGCGGAUCCCUCCCCUUUCCGGCAACUUGCUUGCGGACUCCAUCCGGCCCAGGUCGUCAGUUACAGUCUCAUGCCACCUGCAACUUCCCUGCCACCGUGCCCGCGAACCGGCGGGCCUCAACUUUCUCCGAGGAGGCAGGGGCGAUGCCGGUUCGAGUAACUGUGAUAACCCCUUCGCCGUAUUCGGAAAACGCCUCGCUUGGUAACGGCUCCGUCUCUCCCGCCACCACACGGGGAUGCCAAACGACGGAAACAAAAAGGCGACUGUACACCUCUCCGAUGAUGUACUCGCCAGGCGUCAGUCCUUCCAGAGGCAUCGGGCACUCCUCCGUGGAACUCACGGGGCGAGCGUUAGAGAAGGAGUUGAGAGCCGCCGAGAAGGACGACUUGCUGCAGGUGCUUCUAGAACUGAGUAGCUGCAACCAAGAGGCGGCCUGCUUCAUUCAAAGCAAGGCCAGCCUGUUUUCACUUCGGCGCGCCACCAUGUCUGGAAGGAAGCAGGGCGAGAAUACUGACAGUGCCCCUGCAAGUGAAGCUGCGGCGACAACUACGAACACCGCCGCAUCCGUCCCGGACAAAGCUCCUGAACGGCUACCAAAGGGCGUCAGUUUUGGAAUCCUCGAUAGAUGCUGUGACUCGACCCAUGUAACGCCCAGCAAGCCACUGACGUUUGAGGCAGACACAUCUUUGUCCAACAGCUGUGAAAAGUUUACUUCCGCAGGGGGUGCGUCGCCAGCGAACCUAUCCUCGCGCGAUACAGCUUCGAUGCAGGUGCGUCUAUUAACUCCGUCCAAGCAAAGUGUUGUUCAGGAAGGUGGUGAAAAGAAGCGCACCUCCGCCCAGGGCGUCCUUGCGGAAGCAUGCGUGAAGGCGGAGGAUCGCCCGUGGUGCAACGAAGUUCAUCCGUGUUUGCGUUGGUACAGAUCCUGUCGACACCCGACGAGCUGCCCGUUCGCCUCGAUGCCGCAGAAUCUAUGCUUGAACUGGGUCCGUGGCUCCUGCAUGCUGGGGGCGGAGUGCAGCGGCGUCCACCGCCUGCCUGACACAUGUCCCUCCGACGUACUGACGUUAUUUGAGCUUUGCCACGGCGCCGACCGUGCUGCCGUGGCGCACGAGAAAUUGCAACCACAACUACUCCAGCAGCAGCAGCAGCAGCAGCUUCAUCCUAAUUGUAUUCCUACGCAUGCUGUCUGUGCCGUUCCCAAUUUGCAAAGGUGCGAAGGUCCCAGCACGCCCGUCGUGCAAAUCAUUUCUGAUUAUGGGGGCAUGCCUGCGAGCCUGGAGCACCAUUAUCACGAGUUGCGCCACUGGCACCAAGAAACUGCGCUGCCCAGCCAAGAGCAGCAGGGCGAGGAUGGAAACUGCCGCUGCCGAAGCUGCCGUACCCCAAGUACAGAAUUCGAUUCUCCGGGGCGAGGUCGGGAGGAACAAUUAUGGGAGCAGUCGCAAUAUUCACCGCCAACGGCGGCACAGCCCGUAUCGCGCUGCUUAGAUGCGAGUUUUACUGCCGCAGAAUGCUUAGAGAACACCAUCGCAGGUGAAGUAACGUCCACACCGUCUUGGAGAGAGUCUGCCAGUAAUUCGACACUUCAAAUUGUUGCCGCAUGUGGGGCUUGGGACGAAGAAGAAGGCACGGAAUUCUUCCCACUUCAGCACACACGCACGCGCACGCAGUCCCCUGUGGUACCAUAG